AUGUCUACACCAUCAAGAGCUCGAGCUCUGCGAUCAACAUGUGCAUCAACACCAUGGACAGCUCCCGCAGCUCCCACAACCGGUAGACAGCUCCAGCAACCCUCAACCUCACCACCACAACCACAACCACAACCACCAUCCCAACUACCACACCAAUCUCGCCCCCUUUCAACAACAGUACCGGCCCAACCCGCAGUAAACUUCCACUCCCACCCCCCGCUAUCCUUCCCCUCCUCCGCAGACCCGGACCAAAAACCCCCAGACAAAGACCGCAAAGUCAAGCUCGGCAAAACCCUAAGAACCCUCCAAUCCCACCUCCCCACCAUCCUCCUCUCCCCCCUCCCCCAAGAAAUCCUCUCCCCCUCCAUAACCCUGCACCUCUUCCCCUCCACCCACCCCCACCUCCCCGCCGUCUCAGGCCGAAUCUCCUACAUCGCCGCCCUCUUGUCGUCACCAAUAGCAUGGAACCGCCUCCCCCUCGUCGGCAACGUCCGCUUGGAAAUCCUUUCGGAACGAAUGAUCAAAGACCCUCACUACUCCUCCCCCGCGUUCCGACAGACGAGACCGAAGGAUGCUUUUGGGGAGCAGCUGAUUGUUAGGUGGAGGACCACGGGGGGAAAGCAAAAGUUGGGAAAGGCAAAGGGGGAGAAGAAUGGGUGGUUGCCUUGGGAGAAAGAUGACGGAGGGAAGCAAGGGGGGGUAGACACGGAAUAUAAAGCCCCGGUGGGGACGGCGCAGGGGGUGGGUAGUGGCAAAGAGUUUACCGGGUUGUUUAUUUUUGAUUUUGACACGGAGGGGAGGAUAAUCAGUCAUACUAUCGAGCAUGUUGAGCAGGGGGGGCAGUGGGAGAGGGGGGUGGGGGCUAAGGUGGUAGGGUUGACGGAUUGGUUGUUGGGGGGGUUUAGAGGGGGGGACGGGGGGGCGCCUUGUCCUGCUUUUGCGGGGAAUAGGGGGGGUUGUUUUGAGGGGAGUGGGAAGGGGAGGUGA